AUGUCAGCGACGAAGUCGCCUCUGGACAUCCGGGGCAAGCUUACCUUGGAGAACCCCAACGGGCAGCAGCUGAGUAUCCAGGAUGUCUACGUGCCGAAGACCCUCCUGGUUGCAGCGAACAUCUACUUGAUGACGGCGGUGUUUACUGCACUGGGCCUGAUCACACGACCACGCAGUGGCCGAAAUGCCUUGCACUGCUUAGCUCUGACGGUCAUUUUCCUCCGGGGUGUCUCGCUGCUGCUGCGUUGGUUGGAUUAUCGCAUCAUCGCGACCACCGGCGUCGAGUCCUCCGCCGUAGACAUCACCUGGAAGCUGCUUUCCAAGGUGCAAAACAUCUUAGAGCUCAUGGCCUUUCUGUUGAUCUCCUUGGGCUGGAAGGUGCUGAGAAGCAGCCUGGACGUGUCGGAAAUCCGCUUUGCAGUGGCUGUCUCCAUCAUCUCCUUCUACUUAGGCGUCUUCCAGGUGGCGUGCACGACGCAAGCCACCUGCUCUGGAUAUCAGCUCAGCCGCUACAUCCUUCACUCCCUGUGCUUCUUGGUGGUCAUCGUCGCCAUGAACUUUAACUUGCAGAAGUUGGCGGGUGCCAUCUCCGAAGCACCGGCGACCGUGGAGAGCGGGAAGCUGUACCGGAAGCUAAGCGCCUACUACAUUUUUCGGUGGGUCUUCCUUGGCUUCAUCAUCGCUCCAACAGUAGAGCUCUUCCUCAAGGUCACUGUGGUUCCUUGGGAUGCGCAAUGGCUGUACAUCGCCAUACAGGAGCUCCGAACAUGGGUCAUCUACGCACUGCUGAUCUAUGCCUUUCGGAUGACGCCCGCCUCGCCCCGGGUUUUCGAGCUCACCCGUGAAGUUGUCACCCCGCGCGAGGGCGAAGGAGGGAACGAUGCCAACAGUGAGGCUGGCUCGGAGGAGGACAUGCCGGCACCACCCUGGGCAUGA